GCGAGAGAGAGAGAGAGAGUGAAAGGGGAAAGGAAAGCAAUCGAGAGGGAGAGAGCGAAUCGGAGUGAGAGUGCAAGACAAAGCUAUGAAAUUAAUCCGAGCUAUUUGCCUCCUGCUUCUUUGUCCAGCUUUGAGCCUCAACACUAGACAAGGCUAUGAAGGGCUGGAGCAGAAGCUGAAGGAGGUCUUCACCGAGCGGACUGGCAUCAUGCGUCAACUCUCCAAGACUUCAAAGGAACUGGACAGCAUAAAAGGCAACCUUCAGACACUGAAAAAUGACGACUCCGUGGCCAAGACGGAUGUCCUGAAAAUCCUGGCGCUCAGCCACAAGCAGAGGGAAGAGAUGAAAUCCCUCCAGGCUGCCUUGCAGAAGCAGCUGGUCGAGGCAACGGAGCAAGCCGAGAAACAGCAGGCCACAAUCAAGUUCCUCAAGAUGGAGAUGGAGAAAAAGACCAAAAUAAUCAAGGACCUGCAACAGGAGAACAAGAGCUUGAAAAAUAAACUGCUAUCUGGCAACAAACUGUGUGAUGUCCAUGCAGAAGAGUCCAAAAAAAUCCAGGCUCAACUGAAAGAGCUGCGGUACGGGAAAAAGGAUUUAAUUUUCAAGGGACAGCAGCUAAUGGAUCUGGAGCACAAGUUAACCAUUGCCAAAGAAGAGCUGGAAAAGGCCGCACUAGACAAGGAGUCUCAGUUGAAGGCACUGAAGGACACGGUGCACAUCUGCUUCUCUGCUGUUCUGCACAACCAGCACACCAGCAGCCACAGGUUCCCCGCCACCCCCACCCACUUGUUCAGAUACUCCUCGCUCGUCAACAGCUCCAGAGUCACCUUUCAGCAGCCACACGCCAAGGAUAUCCCGAAAGUUCAGAGAAUCAUCACAGCCAGUAAAUCGCCUGCGAACAUUGGGGUAAUGAGGAGAGAAAGUAGUCCCGGAGUCAAGGACUGCCAGAUGGAAAAGAUUGGCGGGGGUUGCUUCCAAAACCAGACGGWGACAGAAUCUUCUCCCGACAGUAAAAAGCUGCUUGAACAGAAGCAAAAGCCUGCAGCGCAGAUUGGAAAAUCAAAUGCAAAGCCCUCAGAUGACAGGGAGGAAGUAGAGGGAGGCAGCAAAAACACAAAACUACACAAAAACAACUGAAUGGAUGGGAUGUCAUUGGAGAUGCAGAAAACCUGCGUUACCUGGAGAUCUUUUUCAGAGCACAUACUUGUGCACACACACACACACACACACACACACA